GGUUGUCGCAAUCGCGAGCGGUUCUUAAAAGCACAUAUAAACAAAAACAUAUAUAAAUAUACGAAAAAAGGCAUGAGUCUUAAUCCAAAUAAAUACGCGCUAAAAAUCAGUGAACAAACCAAAAACUAAUUAAACAAAACAUUGUAUGUAGAGAAGAGAAAUAUUUAAAAGAUAUUAAGUGACAAAUUGCUGUUCAUGGAGCGGGCAAAUGUAAGCUGUACAGUGAUAUCCGUUUCCUGCCAAUGAUAAGCCCAGGAGAAGGAAAGAGAAUUCAUGUCGCAGCAGUCACCAACGGUUAUCAGCGCGGAACAAGGCACUCUACCUAGAUAAAAAUGCAAAUAGCUUGGCUGCUACUGGGCAUUGCACUUGCAACGCUAAGUGCUGGCCACGCCCACGCCCACUCGCAUCAUCACAAGGCGUCACAGCGUAGCAGCAACAGCAGCAGCAAGAACAGCAAACAAUCAGCAAUUGCAGCGAGCAGUGAGGAAGACGAGGAUUACGAGUAUGUUGAUGUGGAUGUGGAUGUGGACUCGAGCCAAUCUGUAGAGCGCACAACAGCGCAUAAUGCGCCACUGGAUAUCUUUACAUGUUGCAAUCAAGUUCAGCUGAGCUCCUGCCGCACAGCAUGUGAGAAUCUUUCUUUGGGGCAAUUGGAUGUGAGCAGCAGUCGCUCAGAGCUGCGCAAAUCUUGUCAGCUACAUCAAGUGGAAUUCUGGGGCUGUGUCAAUCGCACUUUGGAAGCUGUAAAUCGUGGCAAAUCCUGGUCAGGACGUCGUUGCUGUCAGACGGCAGUGCUGCCCAAAUGUAAAAACGCAUGUGCCACAGCAAGUGCCAGCAAUGAAUUGAAAGGUGCAUGUCGUCGUAGCGAUGAACAAGUGAUGUACGAUUGCCUGGAGCAUCAGGAUGCGGCAGACAGUUGCUGUGGCAAGGCACGCACCUCCGAAUGUUUGCAGGCCUGUCGUGCUGUUUUUGAGCCGCCCAAUGAAACUGGAACUGGUAGCGACGAUGCUAGCCUGGUGGAUGUGGCAUGUGGCGAGCGCAACGCUGAUGUGUUGCAAUGCUUGAGAAACCACACAGACAUGACGCCGCCGCUGGAUGUGGAGAAGUAUCUGCCCUGUUGUGAUUACAGUCACGAGGAGAUUUGCCGACGCACCUGCAACGAUGUGCUGCAAGUGAAACUGCAACGCCAUGUGGAGCGUAGUGAUGUUAUAUUCGAGCGCUUGGAAGCAGGCUGUGGCAAGCCACUGCCACAUCUGCCCUUUUGGCAAUGCUUUCUAACGGGUGGCGCCACGCCCAGAAGCAACGAACUGGCAGCUAACGGCAUUGAAGGUGAACCCAACAAGCUGGGCAUGGAUGCAGCGAAGCGUCAGUGCUGCGAACAGGCCAGUAGCCACAAAUGUCGCCGGCUGUGUAGUCAGCUCUACACCAACGACUGGUGGGAGGCGCGUGCCAGCUUCGAAACUGACUGCUUGGAGCAGCCCAACGAGCUCCAGCUGCGUCGCUGCAUUGAAAGCGUCGAUAGGCCCUGUGAGCUCGGCUGUCAAGGCCUAAGCUUCUGCAGCAACUUCAACCAGCGUCCAACGGAAUUGUUUCGCAGCUGCAGCAAGGCAAAUGAUGCUGCAGCACGCGAGGAUUGGCUGAUGCUGCAGCAGCGCGGCUUUGUGCGUGUGCUGGGCCAAGAUCUAUACAUUAAGAACACCACACGCUGUGCACCACACAAGUGGCAGGCGCUAGUCUGCGCGCUUCAGCUGCAGCCUUGCACUCGAGCGGGUCACUACAAUGCCAUCUGUCGCGAGGACUGCAGCGAGCUGUUGAACGAAUGUCUGGACUGGACGCGACAGCAGCAACGCCCUCAGGCCAUUUGCGAGCGCCUGCAGCCUGCAGACGAUGAACACAUACCCUGCAUUUCUUUGGAGGCUUACCUCAAGCCUAGCAAGCUUAAUGAUGAGCAAAGUAGCUUGACUAUGCCCUGCGCUAGUAAGCCCUGCAAUGGCAGCGAGUUGUGCGUGCUGCAGCGCAGUGGCAGGAAAGGCUACGCCUGCAUACCUGGCUGUCAACUGGGCCAGGCUUCCACGCUUAUUGUGCCAUUUGGCGCUUACGUGCGUGUGGGCAAACUCAGCAGCGCUGCCGCUGCAAGUGGCGGACUUAGCAGCAGUCCACCUUUGAGCGCUGAUCAUAUGGUCUGCCGCUGUGGUCUGCAUGGACACAUAGAGCAGUGCCAGCCGCUGCCCAGUUAUAUGCAGGCGCACUGCACGUUGCCUGGCGGACGCAGUUUUCGGCAUGGCGCCUCCUUUUACUUGGAAUGCAAUCUUUGCAGCUGCUUUGCCGGCGAGACCACCUGCACCAAGCAGCAAUGCCGUCUGCCAGGCUACGUUGAUGGCGCCUAUACCAGUCUGCCGUGCAACUGUGCCGCACACUAUGUGCCCGUCUGUGGCACUAAUGGCAAUACUUAUGCGUCCGCAUGCCUAGCCAAGUGCAUGGGUCUACAAGAGUCGAGUUAUGUGUAUGGAGCUUGCAAUGCGCGCAAUGCUUGCCAAGCGGGUGCACACACUUGUCCAGCCGGCAUGCAGUGCCUGGAAAAACGUCAAGUGUGCCUGUCCACCAUGCAGAAGCCUUGCCUGCAAUAUAUAUGCGUAAAUAACUCAUCCAGCAGCUGCAGUUCCCAGCAUACAGAACCGCUUUGCGAUACGCAGGGCAUUACGCAUCCCAAUGCCUGCCAAUUGCUACAGCGCCAGGCUCAGUUGGCCUAUUGGGGCGUUUGUCGAUCGGAGCAAUUUACUUCACCAGUUUGUGGCAUUAAUGGCGUUACGUAUCGCAGCAGCGGCGCCGCUUGGGCCGACUAUGUGCUCGUAGACUAUGUGGGUCGCUGUCGUGAGGUCGGUUUGCUGGUCAGCGAUAUGGGUCGUCGCUGCAGCAGCGUCACUUGUCCGAAGCCAGUUUCGCCGCAUUGCAGAAACAUUGUGCCGCCUGGUGCUUGUUGUCCCAUUUGCGGUGGUGGCGCCUUUCGAGUCAUCUACUCCCGCAAGCAGCUGGAUAGAGCGAAUUAUGCGCUGCGUGGCCAGCACAGUUUAUUGCUAACACUGCAAGGUGUGCUGCAUCAGCUGGAUACUUUAGUGCAACUAAGCGAAUGCCAGCUGACUGGAUUCCUCAGCAUGGAAGUAGGCAUCUUUGUAGCUUUAGUGCCGCGUGGACAGGUCAACAAGCUUCAGCUGCAAGCAUGCGCUGCGGAAGCUGAGAAGAUUUCCACCUUGAUAAGCACACAAUCUCCACGUAUUACCAGCAACCUGGCGCUCUCUAGCCUCACCGUUUCGCACAUGCUGGAGCCCAGUUUAAGUGCAGCAGCGCCAAUAGCUCCCGGAUUUGCUGUUUUCUUGCUUGUGGGCUGUCUCUACUUUAAGUUUAAAGUUCAUUUUUAAGUGUAAAGAUUUUAUAUAUCAAGUGAAUUCUUGGUGCCAAAUAUUGAAAAGUUUUAGUAGCACGCAGCCGAGAACUGCGACGUGCCUUUAACGAAUAUACAGAGUUGCAAGUCUCUCUGUAAAAUGUGAUAUUAGCUAAAUUAAUUGUAUAGUAUAGUAUAGUUAAAAAAUAUUAAACACUUGGUUAAAG